AAUUCACACUACAAGUUCACUGCUUGAACGUACACAUUACCUAGCUCUGUUCAUCCAUUUCCAUGGCUAGUUCGACGCUGGUGAUCACGCCGUCAAUGUUCAUAGCUCUAAUUAUAACAAUGGGAGCUCUACUAGUUCAUCAAGUUGAGGCCAGAGCCUUUUUUGUGUUCGGAGAUUCAUUAGUUGACAACGGUAACAACAAUUAUUUAGUCACCACUGCCCGAGCAGACGCGCCCCCUUACGGCAUUGAUUUUCCGACUCAUAGACCCACGGGCCGAUUCUCUAAUGGCCUUAAUAUUCCUGACUUGAUCGGUCAACAAAUUGGGGCAGAUUUUCUGUUGCCAUAUUUGAGUCCACGGCUCACCGGAAAGAAGCUUCUCAAUGGUGCCAAUUUUGCUUCGGCGGGAAUUGGAAUUCUGAAUGACACUGGAAUUCAGUUUGUAAGCAUAAUUAGAAUGUUUCAACAAUUUCAUUGCUUCGAAAAGUAUCAGAAACGAGUUAGUUUUUUAAUUGGAGCUGAACAAACCAGGCAACUAGUUAAUGAAGCACUUGUACUUAUCACAGUUGGUGGAAAUGAUUUCGUUAACAAUUACUAUUUGGUCCCUGAUUCAAUAAGAUCUCGCCAAUUUGCUCUCCCUGACUAUGUCAAACUUCUAAUUUCCGAGUACAAAUUACAUCUCAAGAAACUGUAUGAUUUAGGAGCACGAAGAGUGCUCGUGACCGGAACAGGUCCGUUGGGCUGUGUUCCGGCGGAAAUGGCAUUAAGGAGUAGUAACGGAGAGUGCUCAAGUGAGCUGCAAAAGGCUGCAGCCUUGUACAAUCCUCAGCUUACUCAAAUGAUUAAACAGCUCAACACUGAAAUUGGUUCUGAUAUCUUUGUUGCUGCUAAUACUGCCCAAAUCCACGCUGAUUUUAUUAGUAAUCCUCAAGCUUAUGGAUUUAGUACGUCAAAAAUAGCUUGCUGUGGACAAGGACCUUAUAAUGGAUUAGGACUAUGCACAGCAGCAUCAAAUUUGUGCCCUAACAGAGAUGAGUACGUGUUUUGGGAUCCAUUUCAUCCAUCAGAGAGGGCUAACAAAUUAAUUGUUCACCAGAUUUUGACUGGCUCCACUGAUUAUAUGAGCCCCAUGAAUCUCAGCACCAUCUUGGCCUUGGACUCUAGAAUCUAGUUAAUUUAAUUUUAUUAUCUUGAGUUUGUUUAAAAUAGUUACAUAAGACAAUUACAUUUAUGUUGCAAUUGUCAAUGUUUUUUGAAUACUUGCUUGGUCUAAAAUGUCCAUACCCAACAAGGAAUUCAUGUGUGGAGAAUUUGUUUUAAGAAUUAAGGAACUCAUCUAAUCAGAUAUAUAAGAAUUAAGGAAUUCUUCUAUUGAGCAAUGGAAAUUGAAAAAUAAAUUUAUUUUAA